CAAGGAGACACGAUAUCGGAAAUGCGGAAUUCAGGGAGGGCGCGCGCGCAUGGGCUGUGGGUGAGAGGCCAGGUGUUACAGGUCCUGACAGGGAAGAAGUUGGUGGAUCCUGACUGGGGAGAGCUGUAGAGGGGACACCUCUGUGUCCAGGCAGCUCGGGUGAUGGAGUCGCAGGUCGUGGCUGCCGGGGUGGGCGAAGCUGAAGCAGUCGAGGGCGAGGGUCGGACUCUUGGCGGCGCCCACCCGGGGCCGGUGGUCUCGUCGCGCAAGGGGGCCGUGCGGUGGAAGCUGCUGCGACAGGUUCUGAAGCAGAAACAGCUAGAUGACUGCCUACGACAUGUAUCUGUAAGAAGAUUUGAAUCAUUUAAUCUGUUUUCAGUAACAGAAGCCAAGAAAACAGAAGAUGAGACUGGUGUAUGGGUCCAAUAUACGAGCAUCUUCUAUCCUGAGUACAGUGUCUUCUUAAGGCAUAAUAGUGGAUCCUUGAAUGUUGAAGAUGUUCUUACCAGCUUUGACAAUACAGGAAAUGUUUGCAUCUGGCCAUCUGAAGAGGUUCUGGCUUACUACUGCCUCAAGCACAGGAAUAUAUUCAGGGACCUUGCUGUGUGUGAGCUAGGGGGUGGCAUGACAUGCUUGGCUGGGCUCAUGGUUGCUAUUUCUGCAGAUGUCAAAGAAGUUCUGUUAACUGAUGGGAAUGAAAAGGCCAUCAGAAAUGUGAAUAGCAUCAUCACAAGCAAUCAAAAGGCUGGCAUGAUUAAGACUGAGAAGAUAUCAAGCUGCGUUUUACGAUGGGAUAAUGAGACAGAUGUCUCUCAACUGGAAGGACAUUUUGACAUUGUUAUGUGUGCUGACUGCCUGUUUCUGGACCAGUACAGAGCCAGCCUUGUUGAUGCAAUAAAGAGAUUACUACAGCCCAUGGGGAAAGCCAUGGUGUUUGCCCCACGCCGAGGGAAUACUUUAAACCAGUUCUGCAAUCUAGCUGAAAUGGCUGGUUUCUCUAUCCAAAGACAUGAAAAUUAUGAUGAGCACAUUUCAAACUUCCACUCCAAGUUGAAAGAAGAAAACCCAGACAUAUAUGAAGAAAAUCUUCAUUACCCACUUCUGCUUAUUUUAACCAAAAAUGGAUAGACAGUGAAGAAAACACCAAAGGCUUGAGGAAUAUUUCCACAAGAACAGAAAUCUGUUAUGGGCACAAUAUGCAGCAAGCCAUCAGUUUCCUGAGAUCUUGGGGCUCCAGGGCCUUAAGCCUCUACCCACUUUUCCACAUUCCACAUCUUUGUUCUGGGCCUCCAGCCACCAUCACCCACAUUAUUUCUGAGCCAUCGUCACUAGCUCCCUUACCUCUCCUACAGUCGCUUGUUGCUCUUCUGUACCAAACCUUGUGUCUUUAUGUGUAAGCAGUCUGAGAUUUGAAUUUGACUUGUGAGCAACCUAAAUAUUUUUCCUCUAAGGCAGAAUUUCUUUUGAUGGUUUACCUGCCUUUUUAAACAGUCUUUGCUUUGUUUGGGUAAUGGCAGUCUCUACCUGUAAACACAGCAAAGUUUAUCCUUCUUUUCUGAUUAAAUAAUAAAUCACAUCUUUCUAAUCUCCCAAUUAAUUGUCUCAAUCUAUUAUCUCUUGCUCUGUCUCUCUGUCUCUGUCUUUCUCUUUCUCAUUAUUUUUCUUUUUAAACAGGAUGGUUUUUUCCCCCUAUAGAUGUAUAAGAAAUGACUACAUCAGCCCAAAGCCUCAUAAACUGACCGUUUGUCCUCUGGACACAAUAGCGUGGCCAGCCCUCUGCUCCUCCUCUCCAAUUAUGUGUGAUUAGUCUCAGUGUGCUGUGUCAAGGAGGGGGAGUGUGCUGAGUGCUUAUUAUCUGUUUAGGUACAAGAAGAGCACAUUUAGGCUCUGACUAUGAAUGAAAAGUGAGCCUUUAUCAGGGCUUAAAUCUAACUGCCGUUGUUCUCUCUAGGCCUCUUUCAAAAUAGGUCUAUUCUAGAGAAAUUUUGAGUAAAUGGUGGAUAAACUAGAUUGCAACCAGGGUGAGUUUAAAAAAAAAAAACUCAAUCACACAAUUAUCUUAUUUAAAAUAAGUAUAUAUUGUUAGGUACUGAGAUUUGAGGGUAUGGUAAACAUUUAAUAGGUGCUACCCAGGAUGAUGAGAGAAGGGCUUUUCUGCAGGGACCGCAGCCCCUCUUGCCUGAUGUGUCCAGAAAGUGUUCUAAUGCCUUUUGUGGAAAUUCAGAUAUUUAUCUGCAAGGAAUCAUCUGUGCCCACUUUGGUGGGAAUAUCAUUAGGCAGGUUAACUGUAUACCCUCAUAUCUUUAGCAGAGGCAAAGUCUAUAUUCAGUGUGAUACAAUUAAAGUGAUAGGCGGGGAGCCUGGGGGCGCAUCCUUUUGCAUGUUAAGCAAACUUAGCUGUCAUGAAAACAGAGUCUCAAAUGUCCUCUCUGCGCACUUCUAUCAUCAAACAAAUUUUUUUACCAUCAGUUUACAUGUCCUUGCAUUCACUACUUUCUGCUCCAUUAGAGCACCUAGACGGAGCUCAGAAGGCAUAGGUCAAGUCGCAGUUAGAUCAUACAUUUCUUUCUCACAAAAACUUGAAUUGCAAUGCCAAGUGAUGGGCUAACAUCACAAUAACAGCAAUUUAUUCCUCUUUGGAUAAAACAGCAGUCUAUUCUCAGUGCUAGAUAAAGACCAGGGCAAUGCAAACCAGCCAUUUAGCUGAGUGGUUCAGCUAGUGGCAGCUCUCCUUUGGCGACUGUAUGGGUUGCACACUGGCUUCAUAUUUUCUUGUUUAAAAAAUUAGAAUUUGGGAUGUUUUAAAAGGCAACACAAGUCAUUCCAUUCAUACCUAUAAAAAUACAGCAAAAAUUAUUUCUUCUGUAAAACCUGCAACUAACUCUGCCAGACAAAGAAAGCCUAUCUCUAUGCUCACACCUAAGAAAAUCUUUUUUUUUUUUCCCCCCUUUUUAAAUAAAGAACAGCAGGGCCAUGAGAAUAUUUCCUUUCUUUUCAAUCAUGAAAAUACAUGAACUAGCAGAAAUUCAAUUUGCAUUUGUGUGUUGUAGAUACACAGAUGCAGUGCUUAUUUCUCUGGGAGAAGUUGCAUUUUUAAAAGUAAACUAGUAGUGUGGUUUUUAGAAAUAGCUGAGAACCGUGUAUCAGAAUUGAACUAUUCCUAGUAAGAUAUACCUAGUAAAGAAAUAUGUUUAUCAAGGUGUAAUUAAGAGCUAUAGACUAUCCUAUCACCUAUUAAGGGUUUCAUAGAUGUGUUCUAUCUUGUCUUCACUUGGAACUAUCUCUACUCUAGGUUCUUUCAAAGUUUAUACAAAACUAAUGCUAUAUUAUUAAAUAAACUGGAAAAUUUUUAUUAAUUUUCACACUUUAAUAGAAUGCAGAUAUUAAGAAGGGAAAAAUGGGAUCCCUAAAAGGCUUUUCCACUUACAUUUCUUUCUGAACUUUAUGAUUAUUUCUAUGCAUCAGUAUUGGGUUAUAGAAUUGCAAUGGAAGUGUCCCAUUCUACAACUGUCUAUGUAAUUAUGUGCAUGUAUGUUCCAUGAGAAGCCUGCCUACCUGGGAAAUCACAAGAAUUAUGAUAUUCUGGGCAGGUGAGUUAACUCACCAGGUAAAGACAUUUAUUGUCAGGCCUGACAACCUGAUUUCAACCCCAGGACUCACAUGGUGGAGAGAACCAACUUCUGAAAAUUAUCCUUCAACCUCUACAUGUAUGCCAUG